UUUAAAAGCGGCCAGCUGUGAUUUGUUUUUGUAAUAGCUGUUUGGACCUCUAUCGGUUAGUGUUGUUAAGCACACGCACAACUGUUGCAUGUAAACAAACGUAAAGAAAACUUUAUUUUGGAUUUGUUUGUUGAAGAUCUUGAGAAAUGCUGCCCCUGCGAUGCAGUUGGUCUCUGGCCAGGGCCAGCUAUAGCACCAAGGCCAGAAGGGAGCUGGUGGCCCGCUACAGCGACGAAUUCCCGGAGAAGCUGCUCACCCGGAAGCACAAGAUUUCGCCUCACAUGUAUGUGGCGAAUGCGGAGGCUGCCCAAAGGAUUGGCCAGCAUCUGGAGCCCCACUUCCAGAGCUCCGGUUGUGACACUGUCAUGGAACUAAAUUCCGGAGCAGGACACUUCACCCGGCACCUGUUGGACAGGGAAUCCCAGUUCCGGCGCAUAAUCCUGCUCGAGAGCAUGGAUCACUUUAUGCCCAGACUUCAGGAGCUACAUACACUUUAUCCGGAGCGCGUAAAGGUGCGCCAAGGGGAUUUUGUGAACCUGUGGAAGUUGGUGUACAUGGACAAAAUGGAUGGAGGCACCAGGGUGGCGGAUCUGCUUAAUGAUGUGCCCCAGAAAGCCUUCAAGGAUGAUAUCAAUAUGCUAGUUUUUGGCGCUGUGGGCUCGUAUCCAUUCUUCAAGCAUUUGAUCAACUCGCUCAUCUUCCAGACUAGUCUUUUCAAUCUCGGUCGCUGCGAGAUGAUCCUCGUCAUGCCGCCACCCAUUUACAUACACCUCACCUGCAACAAUGAGAUUGGUUACCUUAUCUACCGUUCGACCAGCGUGCUCUUCCAAAUCCUCUUUGAGCAUCAGUUUAUUGCCAAGGUGCCGCGCGAGGAUUUCCUCCCCCAUCAGACCGUAUACAGUCCCACCAAGGGUAGCAAAUUGGGCAAGGUGCGGUCCAUCAAUCCGGAGUAUAUGUAUCUGGUGAAGUUUUCACCGCGCCGAAAUCUUCACGAGCUUUGUCAGUCUCAGGACCUUCCAGCCCUCUGGUUUUUUAUAAAGCAGAACUUUGUGAGCCGCCGAAACAGGAUAAUCCCCAAUCUAGAGAAAUGGGUGCCCGGCUGUGGGCCUCGGCUGAUCAUCAAUCCACACGCGUCGGAGCCCGUGACGCCUACUUAUCCAGAUGAGUUGCCCAAGAAACUGCCGCAGUACUCCUGUCAAAGUACUACGAUGAGCACCAGGGACUACUUUCCAGGAAUCAACAUUUACACCCAGUUUGGAGAUCUCCGGCCCAGCCAAAUGCUUACGCUCUUCAGUCAGUUCCGUCAAUGGCCGGAGUACGGCGAGAGCUCGUUCCUCGCUUCGCUUGAGAACGCGCUGCUGAAGCUGGAGACUGCCAAUGAGGAACCGAACCUGGAGGACGGUGUCACGCUGCCAGAGGAGGAUGAUGUCGAAGCGGACGAGAUGCUCGAAGAAGAAAGCCCCGAACCCGCAACUACUCCGACUAAGGGUCGCAGGAAAGCUAUUUCCUAGUUUUCGGUAGUA